UGUCCGCGAGAGCCCGUAGGAAGCGAAAAGAGAGAAACCGGAGGAAGGAGAGAAUGGGGCGGCUGAAUCCACAACAACAGGGGGAAUACUAAGCCGCUGAAGAGAGAAAUCGAGGAAGACUGAAGACGGAGAGGAGGACGGUGAAAGUCGCAAGGAGGGGGAGGGAAAAAACAAAAAAACUUUUCGGGAGGAAAAACUGUUACAGACUCUCACGCGGCCACGUUUCGAAACAUGGAUACACUUUUCUCCGUACGCCUGGGACUCCUGUUUCUCUUUUCGACAGUCUCCGGUCAAAUGCCGACAGCUCACAUGGGGCGCGCUGAGAAGGGAAGCUGUACAUUUGAUGAGGGCUUCUCUCAGUGUGAUUACCAGCAAGAUCCUUAUGAUGACUUCGACUGGACACACAUCAACACGCAGGAUGUGCCCUACGUCUCACCAGACCUGCCACAAGGCUCUUACAUGUAUGUGGACGUCUCUCAGUAUGAUGUGGGCGAAAAGGCGCGAUUUCAGCUGCCAGUCAUGAAGGAGAACGAUACCCACUGUAUCGACUUCAACUAUCUCCUCACCAGCCCUGACGGCUCCAGCCCUGGCACCCUUAAUGUCCUGGUGAAGGUUAACAAGGGGCCUUUGGCCAACCCCAUAUGGAACGUGACCUCCUACACUGGUAAAGACUGGCUGAGAGCCGAACUGGCAGUCUCCACCUUUUGGCCUAAUGAAUACCAGGUCAUAUUUGAAGCGGAGGUUUCGGACAGCAAAGCUGGCUUCAUCGCCAUAGACGACAUUCAGGUGCUCAGCUAUCCAUGCGAUAAGUCCCCUCAUUUUCUGCGUCUUGGCGACGUGGAGGUGAACGCCGGACAAAACGCCACUUUUCAGUGCAUCGCUACGGGACGAGAUACAUCGAACAAUAAACUCUGGCUACAGAGGAGAAAUGGAGAAGAUAUCCCUGUGGCUCAGACCAAAAACAUCAACCACAGACGGUUCGCCGCCUCCUUCCACCUCAAAGAGGUCACUAAUCAGGAUCAGGAUCUGUACCGCUGCGUCACCCAAUCAGAGCGCGGCUCCGGGGUUUCUAACUUUGCAGGUCUAAUCGUCAGAGAGCCUCCACACCCCAUCGCCCCACCCCAGCUGCUCGGCGUCGGCCCUACCUACCUACUGAUUCAGCUCAAUGCUAACUCCAUAUUUGGAGAUGGACCCAUUAUACUGAAAGAGGUUGAGUACCGUAUGACUUCGGGCAGCUGGACGGAGACUCACGCUGUGAACUCUCCCAAUUAUAAGUUAUGGCAUCUUGACCCGGACACAGAGUACGAGAUCAGAGUCCUACUGACCAGACCAGGAGAGGGAGGGACAGGCAAACCUGGUCCGCCACUCAUUACCAGGACCAAGUGUGCAGAACCUAUGCGGACUCCUAAGAGGCUGAAGAUUGCUGAGACCAGGUCUCGUCUGAUAGCCGUGGACUGGGAAUCCUUGGGUUACAACAUCACUCGCUGUCACACCUUUAAUGUCACCAUAUGUUACCAUUAUAUGACUGCCAACAACCGCAGCAAGGCUGACUGCUUAGACAUGGACCCUAAAGCACCACGCCACCUGGUGGGAAACCUGCCACCCUAUACCAACGUCAGUCUGAAGAUGAUUCUGACCAAUCCAGAGGGACGGAAAGAGAGUGAUGAGACCAUCAUACAAACAGAUGAAGAUGUUCCCGGUCCAGUUCCCAGUCAGUCACUAAGAGCGACUCCCUUUGAGGACAGAAUUCUUCUUUACUGGAAGGAACCAGCUGAACCCAAUGGAGUCAUCAUACAGUAUGAGAUCAGCUACAGCGGUGUGCGUUCAUUUGACCCUUCGGUGCCCCUCCAGCGGCCGGGGCUAACAGUGUCUCUGCCCUCGAACGCCACCUAUCACCUGUUUUCCCAGCUCCACCCGGGCGUCACAUACCAUCUCUCCAUACGAGCUUCCACCUCCAAAGGAUUCGGUCCUGCAACCACGCUCAACGUAACUACUAACAUUUCAGCCCCGACAAUAGAUGAGUACGAUGGGUCAGAAGCCUUUCUGAAUGAAACUGCAACAACCAUCACUGUGCUGCUCAAACCUGCCCAGGCCAAAGGAGCACCUAUAAGUGCGUACCAGAUUGUGGUGGAGGAAGUGAAUCCUCAGCGGACACGACGUCAAGCUUCCUCUGACUGUUACGAGGUUCCAGUUUCCUACCACAGCGCGUCUAGCGGUGGAUCUCCAUAUUAUUAUGCUGCCCAGCUGUCCCCCAGCAACCUGCCUGAGCCGCUCCCCUUCACUGUGGGAGACAACAAGACAUAUCAGGGUUUCUGGAAUCCUCCGCUGGCUCCAAGGAAGAACUACAACAUCUACCUUCAAGCUGUCAGCAGCACAGAGCGGGAAACUAAGACGCAAUGUCUGAGGCUGGCUACUAAAGGUGCUACAGAGGAGCCAGAAGUCAUUCCUGACCCCGCUAAACAGACGGAUCGGGUGGUAAAGAUCGCUGGGAUCAGUGCUGGUGUUCUUGUCUUUAUUCUGCUGGUGUUGGUAGCCAUCCUUUUGGUCAAGAAGAGGAGGACCUACUAUUCAUACUCUUAUUACCUGAAGCUGGCUAAAAAACGUAAAGAUGCCAUCGGAACAACACGGCAGGAAAUGACACACAUGGUGAAUGCUAUGGACCGCAGCUAUGCUGACCAGAGCACUCUGCAUGGAGAAGACCCCAUGGCUGUGACGUUCAUGGACUCACACAACUACAACAACAGAUAUGAGAACCACAGUGGCUCCGCAGCGGAGAACAGCCGGCUUCUGGAUGUUCCCCGCUAUCACUGUGAAGGCACGGAAUCUCCUUAUCAGACAGGACAGCUCCACCCUGCUAUCAGAGUGGCCGACCUCCUGCAGCACAUCAACCUAAUGAAAACAUCUGACAGCUAUGGCUUUAAGGAGGAGUAUGAAUUGGUGAUACAGAGCUUCUUCGAGGGCCAGUCGGCCUCCUGGGAUGUGGCCAAGAAGGAGCAGAACCGCACCAAGAACCGCUAUGGGAACAUAAUAGCAUAUGACCAUUCAAGGGUUAUCCUUCAGCCCAUAGAAGACGACCCCUCCUCCGACUACAUCAACGCCAACUACAUCGAUGGCUACCAGAGACCAAGUCACUACAUUGCUACUCAAGGUCCUGUUCAUGAGACCGUGUAUGACUUCUGGAGGAUGGUGUGGCAGGAACAGUCAGCAUGCAUCGUCAUGGUAACCAAUCUGGUGGAGGUCGGAAGGGUCAAGUGCUAUAAGUAUUGGCCAGAUGAUGCAGAGGUGUACGGAGACUUCAAGGUGACUUUUGUGGAGGUUGAACCUCUUGCUGAAUAUGUGGUUCGCACGUUUACACUGGAGAGGCGUGGUUUCAAUGAGGUGCGCGAAGUCAAGCAGUUCCACUUCACAGGCUGGCCCGAUCACGGAGUUCCAUAUCACGCCACGGGACUGCUGUCCUUCAUCCGCAGAGUUAAAAUUUCCAAUCCACCCUCUGCUGGGCCAAUUGUGGUCCACUGCAGUGCUGGAGCAGGGCGUACAGGCUGUUUCAUAGUCAUUGACAUCAUGCUGGACAUGGCGGAGAGAGAAGGAGUGGUUGACAUCUACAACUGUGUGAAGGCUCUUCGCUCCAGGAGGAUCAACAUGGUACAGACUGAGGAGCAGUAUAUAUUCAUCCAUGAUGCCAUACUAGAGGCUUGUCUAUGUGGAGAAACAGCCAUACCGGUCUGCGAGUUCAAAGCUGCUUUUUAUGAGCUGAUCCGCAUCGACUCCCAGACCAACUCGUCACAUAUAAAGGAUGAGUUCCAGACAUUAAACUCGGUGACUCCGCAGCCCCAGCCUGAAGACUGCAGCAUUGCACUGUUGCCUAGGAACCAAGAUAAGAACCGCUUUAUGGAUGGCCUUCCUCCUGAUAGAUGCCUACCCUUCCUCAUUACGAUAGAUGGAGAAAGCAGCAACUACAUCAACGCUGCUCUGAUGGAUAGCUACAGACAGCCUGCCGCAUUCAUCGUUACCCAGCAUCCUUUGCCCAACACCGUCAAAGACUUUUGGCGUCUGGUUUACGACUAUGGAUGUACCAGUCUGGUGAUGCUGAAUGAGAUCGACCUGGCUCAGGGUUGUCCUCAGUACUGGCCAGAGGAGGGCAUGCUGCGUUACGGCCCAGUCCAGGUGGAAUGCAUGUCCUGCUCGAUGGACUGUGACGUUAUCAGUCGACUCUUCAGAGUCUGCAACCUCACCAGGCCUCAGGAAGGCUACCUGAUGGUUCGUCAGUUCCAGUACCUGGGGUGGGCGGGGCACAGAGAAGUCCCCGCCUCCAAACGCUCCUUCCUGAAGCUGAUCCUGCAGGUCGACCAGUGGCAGCGCGAGGGAGAGGAGGGAGAGGGAAGAACCAUAGUGCACUGCCUAAACGGAGGUGGGCGUAGUGGGGUAUUCUGUGCCAGCAGCAUUGUGUGUGAGAUGGCCAAGAGACAGAGCGUGGUCGACGUCUUUCACGCCGUAAAGACCUUGAGGAACAGCAAACCGAACAUGGUGGACACUCCGGAGCAGUAUCGGUUCUGCUACGACCUGGCACUGGAGUUCAUCGAGUCCUCCUAAACGAAGAAGAGGUGAAGAGGAGCAGGACGACACAUCUUUUCACCUCCCUCGUGUUUGAUUCUUUGCUUUUCGCUCGGUCCCGACUCCCCCUCUGUGGCUGCCGUUCUGUAGCAUCCAUUUUGCAUCCCUACAAAUGGCACGAGAGAAAUCGGCUCCUCGUACGGUGUUGCUAAGCAAAGGGAAACAGAAGGGGCUUCUGGGAGUGAGGCAGAGGAGGAGAAUGUUACUCCUUUUACUCCUUUAUGCUUAUUGUACAGCUUUUUUGAGUGCCAGCGGGCCCCUGUAUGUUUUGGGCUCCAUUUAAGCGUUUAGCCUCUCACCACGACCCCCUCGCAUGGACUCGAUGCCUCAUGCUGUCUCGGCUGCAGUCCUCCAUGUGCACUGUAGAUGUCUCCCUUCCCCCACGCAAGCGGCAAACCCAGCUUUUGAAUAACUGCAAGUUAAAGUUUUCAGUGGCGCCACCUCCCCCGCUCUCAUGCUAAUUUCUGAGUAACUUAACGGUGUUGGGCAUCUCAUCGUGGUGAUGUUUGAAUAUCUGCAGCCAGUAAUUUCUGUACAAGAACAAGAAACUUAAAAGUUACAGCCUGGCCAAACUCUGUGAACGCUUCUCUUUUCUACUCCAUACACAAGCAGCAGCAUCUUCAUAAUUAUUUUUCUGAAUCAGAACAUCAUUAUGUAUUUUUAAUAGCCACUUUGUACCCAUUUUAAAUGCAGUAGGUUGUCGGAUAACAGAACAGAUACAGAAAAGAACCUGCAUGUCAAUACAAGUUUGCUUAUUAGAUAAAGUAGUGUCUUAGAAACAAGACUGACACUGAAGCAAAAACAGAGAGUUUACAUGGAGAGCAUAAGGCUUUUAGAUUUUUUUUUUUUUUACAAUAUCAUGAAGUGGCAACUUAAAGAGCGUGUAGGAUUUUCACUAAAAUGUAUACGUCCGUUUUUUGUUCUCUGAAGAGUUGAUUUCCGAUUGCUUUUGUAUUCUCAUUUACUGAUCUACUGGAUAGACGUUUUGAAGUCGUCAUUGUGCCCCAAAUUGUCCAAAUUGAACACUUAAGAUUUUAUCCAGCCACGUGGCAUCAGCCUAAUCAUGUGUGUUUCAGGGCUGGGCCCAAUGCACUUUCAAUUCAGCCAAUUCACAAGUUGGAUAUUUUUCAGAGCAUAAAUAUAAACAGAUUUUUGGGUACGAGGGAAUCUGCUGACCCUUAGAAGAGACUGAGAUUUAACGCGCUUUCGUGAACAGGCGAAUUACGGUUUCCAUUUAUGGCUUGAAGGGAAUUGGAAGUGAACUGACCCCAGGCUUCAUUUGCUUUGUGCACUGGUGGCCAACACUUUUCUCUUUGUUUUUUGUUUUUUUUUAUUUUGCAGCUGAUGUUUAUUCAUAAGCCAAAGACUUUGUGUAAAUAUGUCUAUAUGGAUAAAGCACAUUGUUUGUAUUUAUUGUUUGUUUACUUGCAUUGCUUGUAAGAACAAUCAUUCUUCAUUCCAUGUUUACUCUACCGCCAGCGUUUCUUAAACUGUGGGUCAGGACGCAAAAUGGGCUGCAGGUCUGUUUCCUCGGACGUCUCGAGAGUAUUAGUAUGAUUUAAUGAGCCCAUAAUGGGUCCCGAGGUAUUUACUCCAUUUGGGUCCUUGAAGAAGAGUUUAAGAACCCCUGAUCAAAGCUGUGUAUUAAAGCAUUAUAAGUAGUUUUUCAGUAUGUAGGUGGAAUUCAGUAGUAUUGUCUUGUUUUCACUUAAUGAAUCUCUCUGUGAUGUUACUGUGGUUUAUUUGUGUAAAAGCCCAUCGCGCUGUUUGUGGUCAGUAGAACAUUGGUGCAUUUACAUGCACAGAGUACUAUGGAUAAUAGCUCCCAUCCCUCUGAGCGUCUUAGUUGGGAUAAGCUGUUUAUCUUCACCCUCAUAUCCUGCUCACCGUUAUCCCUGAAUACACACCGCCUCAGUGAUGCAAACGGGCCUAGUGAGCGAAACAUGCAGGACUGUGAAACAAAAAACAUUUAUUGUGCCUAAUCAUUUGAAUUCUCCUCGUUGAUACGAGCAUUUUAACAGCAUCUUAGAUCGCGACCAGGGCUUUGUUGAAUGCGUUCUCAUGGACGAUCAAUGUGUUGAAUACCUUUUGGACCACGAUUCAGUGUGUUUUAUUCAUCAGAAUGCUUUAUGAAUUAUUUGUGAGGCUUUACGGGCUCCUGAAUCCCUGAUGUGUUUCUGUUUUUUGUGCACAAACUGAUUCAGAAAAAAAAAACAAAAAAAAAAAACAUCAACUUUAUUGUAAAUAAAAUGUUAGAUGUUCCACUUGGCUGGAACAAGAGAAGCCCUACUCUUAAGGAUGUUAUUGUAAAUAGAUUACCAUGAGUACUAAAAAGCCUCUAUUGUUGGAUGAGCAGCAAAGAUUUAGACGAUGGAUGCAAUGUCAGAACAUUAGUUCUGCUGUAGAUAAAAAGUCGGAGAUUGUACUCCUGGAGGAUUCAACUUUAAAAUAAUGACAGAUGUCGUUUAAAAACUGUUCACAGUUUCCACUGAAUACACAACUUUAUUCUGUUGGUGGAACAUCGAUUUGCAUUUUUUUUUCCUCCAGAUUUCUGGUCUGACCCAAAGAAGGGAAAGAAACUUUAGAGGCCAGAAGACUAUGUUAAUACAGUCGCACACUGCCUUCAGUGAUGGUGGGGUUUACCAGUUGGACAAAAACUGAUGUCCAUCUCUAUAGCAUGCAGAGUGAGAAAAGUGAAGCAGACAAUGACCAGGUGUUGUGGUAACAGAAACUAAACGCUACACACAUGAGGGGAAAACCGAGGGGCAAAUCCUGCUGAGGUGCAGCGUAAUUCCUCCUUAAUCAAUCGGAAGUAAGCGGCCCUGAAGCGUAGUGAAUGAAGCUGGUUUCUGAAUGAGAGGCCAGUCUGAGUAAAGAAUUGAUAUUCAUGGUUCAUAAUUAUUAUUGUCUGUAAUGUUUGGCUUCUUUGCUGUAAUA